AUGAAGUCGUUGUCAGGAUUACAGAUCGAAUAUCAAGUUCAAUUGGAUUCAGAUGUUUGUCGCUGCAGUUGUGGGUAUGAGAAAGAUAUGCGGUCACCCUGCACUCAUGUUCUUCAUUGUUUAAGACACGAAAACAGGCUUGGGGAUGCAUUCGCUAUGUUUGACAAUGUAUGGAAGUCAACAAUUUUCUCAGCGGCGUAUGGUAAUGACAAUCUAACCAGCUUUCCACCGGCGAUCGUGAUUGAUUCGCUUGUUCAAGGUACAUGUAGUGUUCCUACUAUUACCAAGCGUCGCGGUCGCCCUUAA